AUCGAGAGCAGUGGAAGCGAGGGUCAGUCUUACUGUACAGGCCCAGCCGCAAGUUUUGGCGCCCACCUACCCACCUGGCAGGUCAGAUUGGCGGACAUGGAGGCUGGUCCCCACAGGAGGAUGGCUCAAGAGGAGGGCAAGAGCCUGCCCGAGGUGCAGGCACGAGUCAGAGCCUCGCAUGGCAUCACCGACCUGACCCACAAGCUCCAAUUCUAUGACCACUGGGCUCCGGACUAUGACCAGGAUGUGGCCACGCUGCAGUACCAUGCCCCCCGCCUCGCAGUGGACUGCCUCACCCAAGCCCUUCCGGGCCCACCCCACACUGCCCUGAUCCUGGAUGUGGCCUGUGGCACCGGCCUAGUGGCUGCAGAGCUGCAGGCUCGGGGCUUCCUCCAGCUGCAUGGGGUGGAUGGGAGCCCAGGAAUGCUGAAACAGGCCCGGGUCCGCGGCCUCUACCAGCACCUCAGCCUCUGCACCUUGGGCCUGGAUCCUCUGCCCAGCGAUGAAGGGACCUUUGAUGCAGUACUGAUGGUGGGUGCCCUCAGUGAUGGCCAGGUGCCCUGCAGUGCAAUACCUGAGCUCCUGCGAGUUACCAAGCCAGGUGGGCUGGUGUGUCUGACCACCAGGACCAACCCAUCCAACCUUCGAUACAAAGAGGCACUGGAGGCCACCCUGGACAGGCUGGAGCAGGCUGGGGUGUGGGAACGCCUGGUGGCCUGGCCGUGGACCGGUGGGAACUGGCCACCUCGGAGCUCGAGCUGGGGCCUGGCGCCUCUGACAGCGAUGGCUUCAUCUCCGGCAUCGUCUACCUGUACCGCAAACAGGAGGCAGGUUGAGGGAGCAAGUCCCAGCACCUCGCCCCCAUCUGGCCUCUGAUCCUCCCUGCGGCCUCGGCCUCCUCUGCUUUACCUGUGAAGCGGGGCCACUGUGCCAGCCCUGCCCCUUGGGGGAAGCUGUCCCUAUUAAACGAGCCCCAGAAGGGGCAGCAGAA